CUUUUUUAGCUGUCUUCUUUGGAGCCACACCCCCACGCGCCGCCCUUUCCCUUCUCUUUUUCUGCAAAUCUGCUUCCUCCUCGACUGUUUCUGCCGCCUACUUUCCCCUCUUCUAUUUUUUCAACGUGCACCUGUCUAAAUCGUCGCAGGGCAGUCCUCUUCGCCGGCGGUAGGGGAGCUAUCAGACAACUUCCGGGAACCCUCUUAGAAGUCGAGGUAUAUGGCAUCAUCUUCCAUAUUUUCCACUUGCACCAUAAAGCGGAGUGUACUUGCUCCUAAGGCUUCGAAGACCAAUGCUGAGUCUGUUUGCAAUCAUCUGAAUGGUAUCUUUAAACUAACAUAUAGAUCUCUGUCCAUAUCUGCAUCUGCUGACACAUCACAUUCAUGGGCUUUUCCAAAUGGGAAAGCAUUUGACUGGAAACAAGGAAACUUGUCUUUGAUGAGUGCAGUCAAAUGCAGAGCGCUGAAUGUUGAGACAAAGCCUUUAUUUUCACUGGGGAGUAAAUUUGAACUCGAAGACGUUAUUGAAGCUCAACAGUUUGACAGAGAUACUCUCAGUGCCAUAUUUGACGUGGCACUGGAGAUGGAGAAGAUUGAGAAGAACUCAACUGGAAGCAACCUUCUUCAGGGGUAUCUGAUGGCAACCCUAUUUUAUGAGCCCUCAACCAGAACUAGGCUUUCGUUUGAGUCCGCUAUGAAACGUUUGGGUGGGGAAGUAUUAACUACAGAAAAUGCACGAGAGUUCUCAUCAGCAGCAAAAGGGGAGACACUUGAAGAUACCAUAAGAACUGUUGAAGGUUACACUGAUAUCAUAGUGAUGAGGCAUUUUGAAAGUGGUGCUGCAAGAAGAGCUGCAGCUACAGCCAAUAUCCCAGUUAUUAAUGCUGGAGAUGGUCCGGGACAGCAUCCAACCCAGGCUCUCCUCGAUGUAUAUACUAUUCAACGAGAGAUAGGAAAACUUGAUGGAAUCAAAGUUGGGCUUGUAGGAGAUCUUGCUUAUGGGAGGACAGUCCGGUCACUUGCCUAUUUGCUGGCCAAGUACAAAGAUGUCAAAGUUUACUUUGUCUCACCUGAAGUAGUGAAAAUGAAGGAUGACAUAAAAGAUUAUCUAACCUCCAAAGGAGUUGAAUGGGAAGAGAGUGCUGAUUUAAUGGAGGUGGCUUCUAAAUGUGAUGUUGUAUAUCAAACCCGUAUUCAGCGAGAGAGGUUUGGAGAAAGAAUUGAUCUUUAUGAAGAAGCUAGAGGCAAGUACAUUGUGGAUCAGAAUGUACUGGAUGUGAUGCAGAAACAUGCAGUUGUAAUGCAUCCUCUACCACGGCUUGAUGAGAUAACUGUUGAAGUUGAUGCUGAUCCAAGGGCUGCCUACUUCAGACAAGCAAAGAAUGGCCUAUACAUUCAAUACAUUAGAGGCCUUGCUCCUCACCAAGUCCAACCACACCGUCAUGUGCUGGAAUCCACACUGUCUGUGGAAUGCUCCAGCAGAUACCCUCUCUCUCUCUCUCUCAAUUUAUUUGGCAUAUUCUGGUGAAAAGGUUGGUUGUGGUUGAGACAGAAGAAAUGCACGAUGCUUGGAAGCAGAAGAAGCUAAUCACUGAGCUCUGUGUGUCUUAAAUCAUCAGUGUGCUCUAGCCCCGACUCAAGAUUCUCCUUCAUAAUUUCUGAGAAUUCACUGGUUAGCUCCAUCCUUUUCUUUGGGUUUAAUCAAAGAAUUGUUUGAUGACAGUGAUAAACCACAACGAUUAUGCAUUUCUAAGUCUUACUGUGUACUUUUCAGGUAAAUUUUCAGUUGUGUCAAGAUCUGAGAGAUGUCUUCUUGCUUUAAUUUCACAAACUUAUCAUUUUCGUAUCAGUAUAUAAUAUGUUUGUGAACCGAGUUGUUGUUGUAAUAAUAAAGACAGCUUAAACUAGAAACUCUUGAAAUGAAAGAAUCAGUUGCUGCUUUCGUGUUCAAAGAACUAAAGAAUAUAUUUGUAAUAUGUGGUUUUUAUUCUAGAACUCGAGUAAUUCUGAUUCUCUAUUUCUUACCAGCCUCAUGUAGUGCAUUCAAUUUGGCGAAAACUCCAACAAGAGACGCCGUGUUGUACGUGCAGGCUUCAGUUUGUGCAAAGUUAGUUCUUCUAUCCCUGAACUCAUCAUUUAGAUCAGGCCCUCCAACGAGGGCUCCAACCAGUACAUUUGGGUUCGGAGCUUGGCGUCCGAGCCAGCUAUGGUAGCCCUGCAUACACCCAACAAAGACCUUGCUAUCUCUGUACGACACUGUCGAUGCUCCCCUGUGGUGCACCCUCUUGGGGUACGAGGGCUCGACUCCCACCAAGUAGCUCACCCCCAUGGGGUUCGCGCCCAAAAUGUAGUCGGCUUGUGAUUUUACGAACGAGAGGAUCUCAUGCGACCCGACUGAGCUGGCAUGGCAGUUGAGGGUUUGGUUGGUGGAAUGGAGGUGUUCGGAGUAGGCUGUGAGCAAGAGAAGGCCGUUGGAAACGUACUGCAUGUUGUUCCAUCGGCGGGUGUAGAGUAGGCCGGCCGGGGUGCGCUUUACGUUGGUGGAGUUGUUCAUGUUCAAGCAAGCACAGAUGUAGAAUUCUGCCUUUGAUCGGUAUUGUAGCAGGGUUUUCUUUUCUUCUCCACUUUUCCCUUUGAUUGGUAACUGCAACAUUGUAGACAGAUGAAUAAAUAGGAUGGGGUUUAUUUUCAUCCAUCCAUUUCAGAAA